AUGGGAAACACCGAAAUACUAUCCGUUCUCUUAAAAAUGCAAAUUAUUGGACUGAUUCAAGCUAUCUUGUUGAAGAAAGAUGAGAUUUUAAAGGACUACGAGUCUAAUCUCAACGGCAAUAUCAAACGAGUACAAGAACCUGAACACGAAGAGAUUGAUCAAGGUUUGCUUGACUGGUUUCGAAAGGCAAGGUCCAAGAACAUUCCAGUUACCAGGCCCAUGUUGCAAGAAAAAGCUACAAGAAUUGCAGAGGCUUCAGAAGUUUCCGGCGAGCAAUUCAAGGCUUCAAACGGGUGGCCAGAUCGCUUUAAAAGGAGAACUGGCAUAAAAGCAAAGUUUAUUUCUGGAGAAUCAGGAGAUGUCAGAGAAGAAACGGUGGCGGACUCAUGGAUAGAAAGACUUCCUGUAAUUUUGCAAGGAUGGCACCCUCGCGACAUUUGGAACAUGGGUGAAAGAGGCCAGUUUUUCAGAGCGCUCCCAAACAGAUCCCUGACUGAGGCUUCUCAGAGUUGCACGGGCGGUAAGAAAUCAAAAGACAGGCUGACGUGUGCGUUCAUCGUUAAUGCUAGGGGUGGGAAAGAGAAGCCUAUCAUCAUUGGCGAAUCGGCAAAUCCAAAAUGUUUCAGAGGUAUCCAGAACAGAUCGCUAUUACCAUGUGAGUAUUUCAACCAGCCAAAAGCGUCGAUGAACAGUGAUAUCCUGAUGGAAAUUCUAUCGAAACUUAGCAGAAGACUAAGCCGCGAGGAUAGAAGCGUAAUCCUGUUCAUGGACAAUGCCCCAUGCCACCCCGAAGACGUAGACGAUAAGUUUGACGAGAUAAAAAUCGUCUUUUUCCCUAAAAUACACGACAUCUCGUCUACGGCCACUUGA